AUGUACCACCUCGCAAAAGGCCUUUACCUCUAUGCGACGAGUAAAGAGGAAUACUCCGUCAUUCUCCUAGGCCUCGACAACGCCGGCAAGACCACCUUUCACGAACAAGUCAAGUCCCUCUUCCUACCGAAUGCCCCCGAACCGAAGCUCAAGACGGUGCCAACCGUCGGCCAGAACGUCUCGACCAUCCCCUUACAGGACAUGUAUCUCAAGUUGUGGGAUGUAGGUGGGCAGCACUCGCUGCGGAAACUGUGGCAGAGUUACUAUGCGAGCUGCCACGCGAUAGUGUUCAUCAUAGACAGCACGGAUAUCGGCGAUGGGAACCUCGAGCACGAGGAGAACAGUGGCAGGUUAGAUGAGUGUCGGCUCGUCCUCGAGGAUGUCCUGCAGCACUCGGAGACAGAGGGCGUGCCGCUGUUGAUCCUCGCUAACAAGCAGGAUCGCGAGGACUGUGUCGAGACGAUACGAAUAAAGGAAGGUUUGGUCAAGAAGGUCAUGGAGGGAGACAAGGGGUCUGCCAUCCGCGACUCGCGGGUACUGUCCAUGAGCGCCUUGACCGGCGAUGGUGUCAAAGAGGCCAUCGAGUGGGUAAGGACACGAGUACAAUGGAAUAAGGAGUCCCGGCCACCAGUGAUGCGAUAG